AUGGAACCACCGGGUUGUAGCUUCCAACCUCUGAUGAAACCUCGGGAAGGCAGCGAGCAACCUCAAAGGGGUUGGAAACCGCCGCCUCUUGAUCACGGCUCCCAGCCUCUAAUGACCCCUCCAGAUCGCGGUCUGCUCCCUACAACACCAGCUCGUUGCCCAGCUUAUCGCCGUCGCCCAUUUGGAAAUUCGGACGACGAGCUUGAUCAAUACGAUGACGAUGACGAUGAUUAUGAUGACUACGACUACAUCGAUGACAGCGAGACCGACAGCUCAGAUUAUAUCUGGGAACCGCGUUCUUCAAAGCAACGGAAGUCUCCACUCAAAAAGACCCUUCUGACUUGCCUUCCGGGUCCCUCUGCACCUCAGCCAAAGCUACCUAUUGUUCAUUGUAAUGGGCAGUCAACAUCGGGGAACCCCAAUCCUGCGGUUACAUCUGGUCAGAUUUCUCAAGCGAGAGGUCGGCGUCCUUAUCAACGCUACGUCCUGGGGCCAUUCCCAUUCCCAUCGGCCUGGGUGGUGGAGGUGCAACAGAGUCCGAAUCUGCUGCAGGCCUUGGAAUCCUCCCCAUCCCAGCCCGAGGAUCAUGUAUCGUACUCAUCCACUCGAAUCCCUCUUUGA